AUGUCAAAUUUGUUAGAAUCAUACGAUGUGGAAUUCAAGACGUUAUAUGAAUCAACAAAAUUGGAAAUAUCAAAUGGAUCAUCAAGUAAGACCACAACAAUCAGAAAUUUAGAGAUCAACAAAGAUGAUCUAUUGGAGAUCCUUGAACAAAUGAACAUAGAAGUCAAUAACACUGGGUCUAGCACCGAGGAGAAAUCCAAAUGGAGGUCAUAUUUAAGGAAUUUGAAGAAUGAUCUACAGAAGGAUAUAGUGGAUCCACUGAACAAAUUGAUUGAGGACGAAAAUAGAAAUGUUCUGUUUAGUACACAGGGUGCCACUCCUGAAGUAGAUAACGGCAUAUCCUAUAUGGACGAAGAACAGAGACAGCAGUUGUUAGAUAGCCACCAUAUUCUCAACAAAACAAACAAAAGAUUAAUGGACGCACAAAGGGUAGCGUACGAUACAGAACAGAUAGGAUCCCAGAUCAUGAACGAUUUGCGUGCCCAAAGGGAGACUCUAGAACACUCACGGAAUCAUCUGUCUCAAGCAGAUACAUAUCUGGAUAAAUCGGUGAGAACUUUAAGAGUGAUGAGCAGGAGACUUGUUGCUAAUAAAAUCAUUAGUUAUUCCAUUAUAGCAGUGCUAAUAUUGUUGAUAUUGCUAGUGCUAUAUUCUAAGUUUAGGUGA